GGUAUACAAUGUCAUUGUAACAAGCAGUUUUAUGAAUAGCCUAUUAUGAAUACAUUGUUUGCAAUUGUGAAGUAGCUUGUUCAAAAAGGUUUGCUAAGAAAUUAAUAGAUUCUCUAUUCUCUAAUCAAAAAUGUAUUUACCAAAAUACACAUUAAUUUACGGACUAAUUAGGAUCAGGAGAGCAUGUCAUCUCUGACAGAGCUAUGAAUUCUACAUUGUGACAGGAAAUGCUGCGACAGAAUCUGGAUAUCUGGAGCUGAAGCAACAAAAAGCAGAAAGCAAUUCAGAGGAAAUUUUGCAUUUGAAAUGUCCAAAUCAAAGACUGGAAGUUAAAUCAACUGACAUUUGGUAGAACCUGUGGCAGAGGGAUCAUGCAGCCAGGACCUCUAACACUACCUACUUUAAUGUCAGAGUAUUGGGCCAAAAUUUCUACAAACUUGAAUGUCAAGACAAGACACCUGAAGGUUCUAUUUACGAACUCCAUCCAUUCCAACAUUUCUUCAAUUCUCCUGUCCAUUUGUUGAUUCCAUAAUGAGUGAAGAUGCCAAUCAUCACAGGAAAGAGGGAGGCAGAGGUUCCAAACCCAAAACCAAACACUCAAAGCCUCAGCAGGAGCAGAAGGCCAAGAGCACCCAGCCGCAAAACCGCAAGCCAGAGAGGAGACAUCACACAGAUAGGGGUCCCCAAAGGAGCCGUAGCAGUGACUCUGUACACUUGGGGAGAAGCAGAGGAAGACAUAGGGAGAAAGAGAGGGACGAUGGACAAGUGAGGAGAGAGCGUGGGAGAAGUGAGGAAGCACAUAGGCGAGACAGUAGCCAUGGCAAUCAGCAUAGGUCACCAGUGUCCCCUAAUGAUGACUUUCUAGGAGACACAGAAUGUCCCGUAUGUUUCUGUGCCUAUGAUAAUGUAUUCAAAACACCCAAGCUUCUUCCCUGUGGCCAUACUUUCUGCCUGGAGUGCCUCGCUCGAAUCAACGUGAGCUCUCCAGAGCUCAAGCAGCUCUCUUGUCCUGUGUGCCGUGAAGUCACACAGCUACCACAUGGUCGUGAUCUUCCACAGCUGGUUAACAACCAGGAAGUGUUCCAGAAGCUUCCACCUGAGAUGCAGAGAGCACUGUCAGUGCGCUUCAAACGUAAUAAGGGCAAGCUGGAGCUGAAAAGCAAAUUAACACACCAGGAUCCAACCACCACACUGAAGAAACAACAGACAGUGAGUAACAGCCGCUCUCUGGGCUUGGUGGAGUCAGGUGUCACAGGUCCAGUCACCAGCUUGGAUGUGGGCCGCCCCCCUAACCCAAUGCACAGUCACAUGCGACGUGUCUUCCGUUCCAAUCAGUGCUACUACGCAGCAGUGGGAGCCAUCAUAGCUGUCACCGUGGCACUAAUGCUAGUGGGUGUGCUGGUCUUUGUGAUCAUCCCUCGAGUGACCCACACUGGAGGGGUCCGGCCCCCUCCUGGAAGCAAUACACAACCCCCCCCUGGGCAACCAGCUCCAGAUGGACCCCCUUGACAAUCAGUGGUAUUGAUAAAAACUACAGUAAUUGACAGACAGCAUUGUAUGUUGAACUUUUUCCGGAAUAACGCAAUGUUGAACAAAGCUUCAAUUAAUCUCAAUCUGAUGAUCUGAUGCCGAUAUCUACACGGUUCUACAUUUAAAUUUGUGUUUCUUAUCAUUUCCUUAUAAUACCAUUAUAGAGAUAUUUUUAAGAGAUUUCUACAUUUAAUUAAAGAUGAGCUAUAAGCUUGUAAUUUUUGGAUGAAGUGCACUACUACUGCAUAUACGAUGCUAUUUGCCAUCACCUAUACAAUCAAACAGUGAUCAGUAAUCCUUCAUGAUUUCUUGAGAUUUUGUGUUAUCAGUGUGGGAAUUAUUCUCUCAUGCACUUACGUAAAAGGUGUUUUGACCUGAUUUGGAUAUGGUAGCCUACUUCUUUAUGUCCAAUGAAUGCAUCAAUUUGGACAUGAGGGCCAUUUUCAGAAAAUGUGGGGGAAAAACACUUUCAGUAAAGAUUCUUAAAAAUC